AUGCCGGAGGGAGGAGGGCGGGCAUCGCUGGGGGACCCAGGGCUCCGGGGAGGGGUCGCGAAGGGGACGCAGGCGCUCCAGGAGGGGGGGGAAAGCCAGGCGCCCAAGGACGGAGGCGGCACCCCCCAGGCGCUAGCUCCGGAGGGGACCGGAGUGUCCCGGGGAUCAGGAUUUAGGGCAGGGACCUUCGCCAAGGGCAUGGUGGCGGGUGUCGUCCCCGUCGUGUCCCCCCCCGUCACGGAUGUCACCCCCUGGGCUUAUCUGCGAGCGGUGGACGUGAAGAUCCUGCAGCAGCUGGUGGUGGUGAAUGAGGGCAUCGAGGCAGUGAAGUGGCUACUGGAGGAGAGGAGCACGCUGACCAGCCGCUGCAGCAGCCUGGCCAGUAGCCAGUACAGCCUGGUGGAGAGCCAGGCGGCCUCGCGGCGGGGCAGCUGGGACAGCCUGCAGGACCCCAACGACAGGCUGGACAGCAUCUCCGUCGGUAGCUACCUGGACACGUUGGCUGAUGACAUGGAUGAGUAUUCCCAAACUGCUGCCGAAACCGCCGCCGCAUCCACACCGGGCAGAGCCCUGCUCAGGGUGGAGCAGGAUUGGGCCAGGAUCGACCCCGAGAGGGGUCUUGCAAAGCAAGAGAAGGGCAAAGCGGAGCACGAGUGGCCCCACGUGGACCUCUCCCCACCUGGGCUGCCCCAGGAUCACCGGUUUGCUAAGGAGCCCCAGGUGGCCAACGGGCAUUUGGGCCAGCAGCCCUCCUCUCUGGAACCGGGCAGAGACAGCAAAUUGCCAUCGGGGGCUGGGGAGAGGCUAGGGAAAGGGAAUCCGGGUGGGAAGGCUCGGAAAGCCGAGGCUGACUUCGAGAACUGCAAACUCAACAGCAAACUGCACCUGGAGUAUGAUGCCCACUGGCGCUGGCUCCAGUCUCAGGACGAUGUGACGUUCUUGUAGCCCGUGGCUUUGCCUUCCCAGUCCAGCUCUCCCAACUGCCUGCUCUGCUUCACUUGUCUCCGCUUGGGAGAGUUGGGGUGGCUGAAGAUGGGGGGACAAGCUGGCUUGGUGGUGUUGCACUGUUCCUCUGCCCCCUCGUCAGUGUUUGGUGAUGCAGCCCUAAGGGAUGGGGUGACUGCUCUGUGGCAAAUUUCUGGGAGAGGUGGGAUGAGGUGGGUCCCCGUAAAUUUAAUCCUUUGCUCUGGGGUGGUGCUUGCAGGUGGCUGGUCACUCCUCUGUUGUCCUUGAUGUUGGUGGCGGGGAAGGGUUGGUGGGGAAACUUAGGACAGUGGGACUCCUGGGACCUCUCCAAUCUAAUCCUCAGCCUCCUGUGUCCAAAAACUGGGGACCCUUCCCCCAAACCAGCUACCCAGAGAGGACAGGAGAUGGUCCCACGCAUCCAUAGCUCGGUGGCACCAGCAUGCUCAGGGCAAGGUGCUGGGCAGGACCAUCAGCAGGGCAUCCUUGUUGGAUGUGCUUAUUUCCAUCAUUGUCUUCAAGGCCAGUGUCCAUCCAGGGUAGAGUUGACCUGGGGCACUUGGGGCUUGGCCACAGCACGUGGUGGAUGCUAAAACCACCUUCCCUGUGGGUGAAGCCCUGCCUGGUUUAAACGCCUCUAUGAAGCUGAUCUGAAGUGUGAUCAGGGCACUCACUGUAGCUGCUCCUGAUGGGCUGGGGAGCCUUCGUCUGUGCCCUGCAGAGGAAGGAUGAUGGUGCAGACUUCCCUUCCCAAUGUGAUUACACGAGAAGGGCAAAGCACUGGGUGGGAGAUGGAGAUCCAGUUCUCCGAGUUUG